AUGAUCCUACCUCAUUUCAGAUUUUCGCUGCCGCAUGGACGGAUGGACAACUUUAACAUUAUCGAUUUCAUCAGUAAACGAGACGUCGGCGUCGUGAAGGAAGUCGAUGUCGUUGAUCUGACCGCAGAAGUUGUCGCCAGCACUUCCGGAGAAACUGAGGAACCCGAGAUUGUUUUUGAGAAAGUCACGGCCCAUCGGCAAACGAUUAGGACAACUUUUCCGCUGGUCCCUGAGGUUGCCUCUACGAGCAAUGCAAGAUCCGCCUCCUUACCGGACUUGUCAGGCAUCGUAUGGCCAAACGGGCAUUGUGAUAUUACUCCCUGCAAAACAUCGCCCGUCGAAAGUGGUCAUAAAUUGGAGAGCAGACACACAUUUCCCAAAAAAAGACAAGCCGGGGCGCACCACCACUUUACGCACGACAGGAUUACGGCAAGGGCGUCUUUGGCGCAAAAACUUUUAAUUUCAGUAGACGAGGUGCCGUGUCUCAAUGCGGAACUUACAGAGAGCGGCCCUCUAGAAUAUGCCGUCGCUUAUCCUCCGACCCGGCACGGCGUGAUGGCUAGUGUCGAUCAAUUGACUGUCUCGACAAGGGCCAAAUUUGGCGAAGAGAUGCGACAGUUUGAAUUUGUCGGGCCGCCGCCUUCCGACAAAGAGUUUGAGCGGUUACGAGUUUGUUCCUACAACGUCCUCUGCCAGUCGACGGCCGCCAGAACGAUGUACUUGUAUAGGCACUUGAAAAGUGACCCGAGGGCAAUUAGCUGGGAAUCUCGGUGGCCUCUGCUUGCGCAAGAAUUCGAGAUGUUAGGCGCCGAUGUCUAUGGACUGCAAGAGGUUGACUCGAAUCACCUGCAACAAUAUGAGGAUUAUUUUAAAGCCAAAGGUUAUUUGACUUACUUCAAGAAACGGACAGCCGACGAAUUUCCCGAUGGUUGUUUGUUGGCUUUCAAACAGGACCGCUUUAGGGUGGAGCACUACGAAGAAGUGGAAUAUUUCGUGAGCUCGCGUGCGAUUUUGGAUAAGCACCAAGUUGGUCAAGUAUGCGUGGUUCGCGAUCUGAAGACGCGGCAUCGCCUCUGUUUCGCCAACACCCACCUGCUGUUCAACGAAAAGCGGGGUGACAUCAAGCUGCUGCAACUGAUGAUGCUGUUUGCGACGAUCAAUAAAAUCAAGAAGCUGUCCUGGGAGCCAACGCCGCUUUUCAUCAUGGGUGACAUGAACAUGCAGCCGUUUUCUCCGUUGUAUCGGUUUAUCACACAGGCCAGACUUGCACUCGGUGACUCGCCCAGACACACAUUGUCCGGACAGACCACUUCCUCGAAUCCGGUCGCUGUCGGUUAUCCGCUAAUCCCAGAAUUCCUAAAGCUAGCGCGCAACUCGAUGUUCUACUCGACGAAGCCAAUGCCGGCCCCAAGUCCGUGCGACGACGUAUUUACGCACCUAUUAGAUGGUCUGGCCUCGGUGUACUGCCACGCUCAUUCCGGCUCUCUGCCCAACGCCGAGGUAUCGACGUUCCACUCGGGUGUCGCAAACCCGGAUUUCAUCUUCUUUUCGAUCAAGGGCUAUCGCAGAACGGAAAAGGGAGUGUUAAUCGACCCGUUGGAUGACGUGCGGUUAAUUACACGACUUACAUUGCCUACUGAAGCCAUGCUACGGAGGACCCUUGGCUGUUGGCCGAACACGUCGGUCCCGUCCGACCACAUCCCGCUACUCGCCGACUUUGCGUUGCGCAAGGGCGGCCUCCACUACUUU